GCUGCCCAAGCCCUAAUUUCAGACCCGAAAAACACAAUCGUAGAAAAGGAAAGGAUCGCAUCCAGAAGAUGGUGAUGAAGAUGAGACAUACAUGGAGAUUGCUUCUCUUCCGAAACUACCCUCGUUCUCUUCUCCGAGUUCCCACCGUGUCCCAGGUACUCCCCCCUUGUGUUCCUCCUCGCCUCACUCCCUCGUUCCACAACGUAUCUUCUCGCUCUCAUUUCACAAGCCCCUUCAACAUGCUGAAAGGAUUAUCCAUUUUAAAUCACAAUAACACUCCCAUUAAUCGGUAUAGUUUCUCAUCCGAGGCAGCUGUUGAACAAAAGGACUUAGAUAAUGUCUCGGUAAGUACUGUGACUGAGAUUUUUACUAGAUUUAGUGGUAAGGAUGAUAUAAAGAGAGAAUUGGAGUUAAAUGGUGUUUCUUUCAGUCAUUUAAUGAUUUUGAAAGUGUUGAAGAAUGUAGAGGCUAGUCCUGAUGUGGCAAGGAGGUUUUUUUAUUGGGUUUUGGAGACUGAUGGGGAGAGACUUAGCUCCAAGUCGUAUAAUCGGAUGUUAGGUAUUUUGGGUGUCAAUGGAUUGACUGAGGAGUUUUGGGGUUUAGUAGAUGUCAUGAAGAAGAAAGGAUAUGGUAUCUCUGGUGCCGUGCGUGACAGAGUUGCUUCGAAGUUUGAGAAAGAAAGGUUGGAGGGUGAUUUGGAGAGAUUAAGAGGGGUGUUUGCUUCUGGAUCAACUGACAAUUCAAUCGAAAAGGUUUGCUCUAGGGUUUCUAAGAUUAUUAAGAACGAUUUAUGGGGUGAUGAUGUUGAGAAGCAGUUGCUUGAUUUGAAUGUUACAUUUUCAAAUGAUUUGGUGAAAAAGGUAUUGGAAAAUCUCGCUUCGGAGCCGGCGAAAGCUUUGAUAUUUUUCAGAUGGACCGAGGAGAGUGGUUUUGUGAAGCAUGAUGAGCAGAGUUAUAAUGCUGUGGCGAGGACUUUGGGGAGGGAAGAUUGCAUUGAUAGGUUCUGGAAGGUUGUUGAUGAAAUGAGGAACUUUGGGUAUGAAAUGGAGAAUCAGACUUAUACAAAGGUUUUUGAUCACUUUUGUAAGAAGAAGAUGAUCAAAGAAGCUGUAGAUUUGUACGAGUUUGCAAUGGCUGGUUCCAGUAAGCCUUCUGUGAGUUGUACUACCUUUCUGCUGAAGAAAUUAGUGGUGAGUAAACAAUUAAACAUGCGUCUCUUUAUAAGAGUUGUAAGGACUUUUGUGGAGAGUGGGAAUGUAUUGACAGAUUCCAUAGCCGAUUCAGUUCUCAAAUCUUUGACUAGUGUUGGUAGACUCGGAGAAUGCAACAAGGUUCUAAAAGUAAUGGAGGAACACGGGUUUGUAGCCGGUGGCAAUUUGCAGUCUAAAAUUACCUUUAGACUUGCUAGUGCGGGUAAGAAGGAUGAGGCUGCUGAGUUUAUAGAAUGUGUUGAAGCAUCAAAUACUGAUCUAGAUCACAAGGCAUGGGCAUCUUUGAUUGAAGGGUGUUGUGCCUCUGGGGAUCUUGAAACAGCAUCAACUUAUUUUGAAACUAUGGUUAAAAAAGAAGGGAUCUCACAUACUGGCUAUGCCUUUGAAUGGUUGGUAUAUUCUUAUUGCAGUAGGAAAAAAGCAAUGGAUGCAUGCAAACUUCUACACAGGUAUGUCAGUGAGAAUCAGUUAAGACCAUGGCAUAACACCUAUAAGGAAUUGAUAAGGAAGUUAUUAACUCAGGGUGGAUUUAAAGAUGCUUUGAGUCUCUUGGGUUUGAUGAAAAACGAUGGUUUCCCACCCUUUGUGGAUCCCUUCAUCGAGUAUGUUUCGAGGUCCGGCAGUAGCGAUGAUGCUAUUGCAUUCCUCAAGUCUAUGACAUUGAAAAAGUUUCCAUCCAUUUCAGUUGUUCUUCGUGUUUUUGAAGGGUUUUUUAAUGCUGCAAGGCAAAAUGAAGCACAAGAUUUAUUAUCAAAAUGCCCAAGUUAUGUUCGCAACAAUGCCGAUGUCUUGAAUCUCUUUUGUUCCAUGAAAUCAGGUCAAGUUGCUGCUGCACCUGCUAUGGUUGCUUAGACUUCGUCAGCUGUAUUUCUUGAUGUACUAUGGUCUAUGGCAUUUGUUACUAAUUAAAAUUUUGUUAUCUUGGUUGUCAAGUGUCAACAUGCCUGGCUGACUGGUUAAUAAGAAAACAAAAUAUUCGAGUUUUUUUUUUAUGAAUUUUCCCUGUUAUUGCUUUUGAAUGGCAUGUGGUAGUCAAUUAAUUGUUAUUGUAUUAUUUUUG